UACGGGCUAGACCCGUAAUAGAAAGUCUAAAUAUUUUAAAUAAGUUCAUAUCUAAGAAGCUAACCAGCAUGGAGGUGGAAACAGAUGUGUUAUCUGCAGUUUCAUCUACUGUAGAUAUACAGUCAAAUGAAUUAACAGAUUUUUCAUCUUCUGAAGAUUUGAAACCAUCUUCUGCUGGCAUCAAAACAGAAUUAUUGUCAUUUCUUAAUUUUCAGAAUAUAAAACCGGACAUGACAUUUAAAACUUCUCAAGAUGUUGAACCUAAUGUUAAUUCAGAAUUUUCUUCUUCUAAUGACAUAAAACCAGAUUUACCAUUUUUUAAUUUCCAGGAUAUACAACCUAACAUGUCAUUUAAAACUUCUCAAGAUGUUAAACCUGAUAUUACAUUUUCAAUUGAAAAAAUUAAUAAGAAACCUGCUGCAUUAGCAGAAUUUUUAACAUCUGAAAAUUUAAAACCAGAAUUAUCAGCUACUGAAAAUUUAAAACAAGAUUUCACAACAGAAUUAUUAGCAGAAUUUUCAACAUCUGAAAAUUUAAAACCAGAAUUAUCAGCUACUGAAAAUUUAAAACAAGAUUUCACAACAGAAUUAUUAGCAGAUUUUUCAACAUCUGAAAAUUUAAAACCAGAAUUAUCAGCUACUGAAAAUUUAAAACAAGAUUUCACAACAGAAUGUUUAUUUUUUGAGAAUAAACAAGAAAACGGACUUGAAGAAAAUCUACAAUUGUCUAGAGACAAUGAAAAUAAGAUUGUUUAUUAUCAUCAAAAGUUUUCUCAAAGUUCUAAAAGUAAUAUGCAUAAAAAUGUUCAUUCAGAAGAUAAGCCAUAUGAGUGUGAGGUUUGUCUUAAAAGGUUUUCUCAAAGUUCUAACUUAAGUAAACAUAAAAAGAUUCAUUUAGGAGAUAAGCCAUAUGAUUGUGACGUUUGUCAUAAAAACUUUGCAGAUAAGAAUGAGCUAUUACGACAUAAAAAAGUUCAUUCAGGAGAUAAAUCACAUGAAUGUGAUGUUUGUCAUAAAAAGUUUUCUCGAAGUUUUAAUUUAAGAACACAUAAAAAGAUUCAUUCAGGUGAUAAACCACAUGAAUGUGAUGUUUGUCAUAAAAGGUUUUCUCAAAGUUCUCAUUUAAGAGAACAUAAAAAAGUUCAUUCAGGAGAUAAGCCACAUGAAUGUGAUGUUUGUCAUAAAAGGUUUUCUCAAAGUGCUCAUUUAAGAGAACAUAAAAAAGUUCAUUCAGGAGAUAAGCCAUUUGAAUGUGAUGUUUGUCAUAAAAGGUUUUCUAAAAGUUCUCAUUUAAGAGAACAUAAAAUUGUUCAUUCUGGAGAUAAGCCAUAUGAAUGUGAUGUUUGUCAUAAAAAGUUUUCUCGAAGUUCUGUUUUAAGAACACAUAAAAAGAUUCAUUCAGGAGUAAGGGCACAUGAAUGUGAUGUUUGUCAUAAAAAGUUUUCUCGAAGUUUUAAUUUAAGAACACAUAAAAAGAUUCAUUCAGGAGUAAGGGCACAUGAAUGUGAUGUUUGUCAUAAAAACUUUGUGGAAAAGAAUCAUCUAUUACGACAUGAAAACGUUCAUUCAGGAGAUCAACCACAUAAAUGUGAUUUUUGCCAUAAAAGGUUUUCUCAAAGUUCUAAUUUUAGAGAACAUAAAAAAGUUUGUUCUGGAGAUAAGCCAUUUGAAUGUGAUGUUUGUCAUAAAAGGUUUUCUCAAAAUUUUAGCUUAAGUGAACAUAAAAAGAUUCAUUCAGGAGAUAAGCCACAUGAAUGUGAUGUUUGUCUUAAAAGAUAUCAAUAUAGUUCUGGUUUAAGUAAACAUAAAAAGAUUCAUUCAGGAGAUAAGCCAUAUGAAUGUGAUGUUUGUCAUAAAAGGUUUUCUCAAAGUUCUCAUUUAAGAGAACAUAAAAAAGUUCAUUCAGGAGAUAAGCCAUAUGAAUGUGAUGUUUGUCAUAAAAGGUUUUCUCAAAGUUCUCCUUUAAGAGAACAUAAAAAAGUUCAUUCAGGAGAUAAGCCAUAUGAAUGUGAUGUUUGUCAUAAAAAGUUUUCUCGAAGUUCUGUUUUAAGAAGACAUAAAAAGAUUCAUUCAGAUGAAAGGCCACAUGAAUCAUGAUGGAUGUGAUGUUUGUCCUAUAAGGUUUGCUUGGAAGUGUGAUUGAUUAAGACAUAAUUUUGUAGAUUUGAGAAAAAAAUUCAUAUGAAUUACUCAGAAUAGUUAUUUAGCUAAACAUAAACUUUUUUUCCCAUAAAAUUUUUUCGCAACAUUCUUAUUUAAGUGCACAUGAAAAAGUUCAUUCAGGAGACAAGCUACAUGAAUGUGGUAUUUGUCAUUAAAGAUUUUCUAGAAGUCGUAGUCUAAAUGAUGUUUUUCACAAAAGAUUUCUCAAAUAUCUAAUUUAAAUACUCUAAAAAAAUUCAUUCUAUAUGUAAGACAGAGGAAUGGGAUGUUGGUAAGGAAAUGUUUUCUUUUAAAGUUACUUUAUAUUGCCAAAGAAAUUCAUCAGGACUUAAAACCAAUUUAAUGUCAUUUUUUUACUUUCUCGUAUAUAUGAAAUAUAAAGUCUUGUAAUCGUGCAAAAAAAAAAUCCAGAUUUUUACAAAUCUCAACAUUUUACACCUCACUGAUACGGAAAAACAUAAUUUUGCAAUCUUGUCUGUGUGUUUGUGUGUAACCACUAUAACUUGAGUACCGUUACAGCUAGGUUAAUGAUAUUUUAAAUAUAAGUAUUUAAUCAAAAACGUAGAUCGAUAUCAACUUUUAAGCCAUUUCCGAUAACCGGAAGUGGUACUUAUUCUAUUUUGAAUUUUUCAAAAGCCUAUAACUUGAGUACUAUUUCAGAUAGAUAAAUGAAGUUUCACAUGUAAGUAAAAGAUCUAUAUCUCUACUUUCAGUCAAAUUUUGAGAAAUUUCUGUUUACCGGAAGUACUAAAAAACGCAUGUAAAUUAUACAGUACUAAUAAUAUUGUGCACUAUUAUAAACAUCUUCAUUCGGCGUUUGCUUGGUGCGCAAUUCUUUUUCCUAUGAGAUUUUAUUCUAUUUUUAAAAGUUUAAGUAUUUAAAAUGGAUUAAAUAAACUUUCUCGAAUAUUCUAAUAUAAAACUACGAGGGAUGGCAACUCAGGACAUAGACAAUUGGCCUAUUUGUAAUCCAUUUUUAAUUACUUAAACUUUUUAUAAUAGAAUAGAAUCUCGUAAAAACAAAGAAUUGCACACCAAGUGAAUGCCUAAUAAAAUUUGCAUAAUAGUGCGGGAUAUUAUUAGUACUUUAUAAAUUUAUAUACCUUUUUUGAGAAAUUGGAAAUA